AUGUCAUCAGAUCAAAUUGGACACCCCUUAAUAGAGCCAGUGUGCUACCUAUCCAUGCUCACCUUAACAGUAGCCAAUAUUUUCACAGACAAGAUUCCUAUUCAUUUGAGUAUCUGUGUUUACUCUCUAGCGAUUAUCAUUAUCGGAUCUUACAGAUCACUUAGAGAGAUGAUUGGCUAAAUGAAAAAGGUACAUAUUAAUGGACAAAAGAGUGAAGGUAUCGAGACUUUGAGCAACAAGGACGCCCUAUAGUUCCCAUUAUUUGCUGGAGCCACCCUUCUUUUUCUCUAUUUACUUAUCAAAUUCUUUGGAAAGGAAUCAGUGAACUACUUUGUGCUUGCAUACAUCGCACUUGGCAGUACUACUGGAAUAAAAGCAUUAAUAUAGUCAUUUACCGGUACUAUGUUUGACAAAAUAGAUGAAGGCAAAAUCAUCAAUAUCAAGAACUCUUAUAUUGAGCUUGAGGUCUCCCUUUUAGACUUAAUAUGCUUUGCUUUAUCCAUUGUAUCAGUCAUCAUAUAUUCUGUAAGCAAGAGCUGGGUCUACAAUAAUGCUAUCGCUAUCCUAUUUUGCAUUCAUGCUUUACAAUUGAUCUUCUUGGGCAACUUCAAAACAGGAGGUCUCUUGUUAGUGCUCCUAUUCUUCUACGAUAUUUUCUUUGUAUUCGGAACAGACGUUAUGCUCACUGUUGCUAAAAACAUUGAUGCCCCAAUCAAGCUUCAAUUCCCCAAAGACAUGAGUGUUACUCCACCUCAAUACUCAAUCCUUGGUCUUGGCGAUAUCGUUAUUCCAGGCAUCUUCAUGUCAAUGUGCCUCAGAUUUGAUUUCUUAAAAACCCUUGACAAGCAUAGAUUGUCUGAGUUGAUUGAGUCAGAACGUAAAGGAACCACUGAAAACAACAAAUUUGUUGGAUACUUGAUCGCUAAAGCUAAUGCUGCCCCAAAAUCCUACUUCAUAGCAGUUAUUAUUGGUUACUUGGUAGCUAUUCUUACUACUGUAGUUAUUAUGAUCAUAUUCGAUCACGGUCAACCUGCUCUAUUGUAUCUCGUUCCAGGCUGUCUUAUAAGUGUUGCUGCUCUUGCAAUAUAUAAUGAUGAUAAGAAUAUAGUUUGGAAUCAUUCAGAAGAACCUUACUUGUCAAAUGAGAAAAAAGAUAACUGA